GAUAUCAAAAAGUUUAGAAAAACCGAAAAACGGAACUGCGUAGAAAUCAAGUAGCAGCUGUGCUCCCAAAAAAACAUUUGAAUAGACGAUAGCUACUAACUGAAAACAAAAUUCCACGUAGGAUUCGAAAGCCACAGGAAAUCCGGCAUUAUUCGAACGCGCUCGCAGAGCACAGCGCUCCAAAUCCAGCCAAGAAAAGCCUAUGAUAUAAUAAUGUCACGAUCUCUGAGUCGCGUACUGGGCACCGUCUGUGCACCAACCCUGUCCAUUUCACAUCCCGGUAAUCGGGGACCCAAUAGACUGAACGGCCUGCUGCGCGCCAAGGUGGCCACCACGGCCAUCAUCCCAGUGGCUGAAUACUCCAAGCGAAAUGGUCCACCGUCGGAUGCCGGCGAAUCCUUCAAGACCGUCUCCAAGUCGCGGGAUCUCGACGGCGACGAUGAGCUGAAUAGUUUGGAGAGCGAACCUAACUGGGAACUGACUGCCGCACGAAGCAAUCGCUUCUAUCUGCCCAAUGCCACUGGACCCGCCUGGCAGGGCGACACGACCACCGUCGGCCUGCUCGAGCCGCUGGGCCAGCUGGUCAACUUCCUCAAGGAGGCCAACACGGACAAGUCGCGUCUGGAGUUCACCUGCUGCCAGUGUCCCAUGCUCAUCCGCGAGUCGCUCGUGGAGCUCUUUCCGGUGCGCGUCGUCGCGCAGCGGGACUCAUCCAUUACUAUGCUCGUACUCAGCUAUGAAGGAGACAUCGAAAUGGGCGCCGCCAAGUUUGUGCUGGCAGCGCGGGACAUGUGCGAUCGCUUGCUGUCGCUGGGCUACUGGGCGGACUUCCUGAAUCCGUUUAGCGGCCGGCCGUACUUUAUGCCGCGGGACGGCGCCUAUCUAUACAAGCAGGACCACCGCUUCCGUGGUCUAAACAUGCGGCUGUCGCAACAGAACCAUUGCACAGUGAUUGCAGCUGAGAAGAACGACAGCACCCGCUUCUCGGGCACCAUCUACUGCACAGCGCCGAAUCACUAUGACCAGCUGGUGGAGCUGCUGGUGCCACCGCCGCACAAGGUGGCCCAAUGACGCAAAUGGCAGCGGAUGGUCGCCGAAGUGAAUGCCAUUGGAGUUUAGAGUCCAAUAAUGAAGUCGUAGCCUUUUUAGUGAUGAUGACUGUGUUAACUGUUUAGGUUUUCUGUUCCGACACUGUAUAUAGACGACAAAGCUUGUGUUAUAUAUGCUGCGAAAUAUAAUCGAUAAGAAUGUUAA